AAGUUAAGCUAUAGGCUAUAGCUCCAGAAGUUUUGAGUUUGGGUUUGACUAAACCACCCCUCCCGGCGACGCUCUCCUCGUCGACGACAACACAAAUCACACUCUUUUCUUACUUCUACUCCAGAUAUUCAAUUUUCCCCUGUAUUUCCGCCAUUAACGUUCUCUCUCUCCUUCCUUCCUUCUUCUCCAGUAAUUCGAUACUCAAUUAACUUGGCUAAGCUCUUUCGGUACCACAAUAAUGGCUGCGGGUGGAUCCGUCGUACCCCAGCGACUUCACUUUCCGAAACUCCCGCGUCUUUUCGUCUUCAUUUUCACUCUUCUACUGGUUUUUGCUCCUGGGUUGCAUGGAUCUCCUACACAUCGUAAAAGUAAGAUGUCGUCGGUGUUUUCUCUGUUUAAUCUAAAAAGGAAUAGCAGAUUCUGGACUGAGUCUGUCUUGCAUGGUGAUUUUGAUGAUUUGGAAUCUUCCAGUCCCGGAAAAAGUGGAGCCCUAAACUACUCCAAGGCAGCGAAUAUUGCAAACUAUCUGAAGCUCCAGGAAAUUGAUUCUAUGCAUCUUCCAGUUCCUGUGAAUUUCAUUUUUAUUGGAUUUGAAGGCAGAGGAAACCAUGAAUUCACACUGCAACCUGAAGAACUUGAGCGAUGGUUCACAAAAAUUGAUCAUAUGUUUGAACAUACAUGGGUGCCACAGAUUGAAGAAGUGCUGAAUCCAUUCCAUAAAGUCAAUGUUGAUAAAGGGAGUCACCAUUUUCCUACAUUAAGUCAUGUAAACUACAAUUUCUCGGUUCAUGCUAUACGUAUGAAUGAAAAGGUUACUUCUGUUUUGGAGCGUGCCAUUGCUGUUCUGUCUAGGAAGGAUGAUGUUUCAAGGUCUUGGGAAAAUAAAGAUGCUUUGUGGCAAGUGGACUUGGAUUUGAUGGAAGUGUUUUUUGAUAGCCUUAUUGAGUAUUUGCAACUUGAAAAUGCGUAUAACAUUUUCGUUUUGAAUCCAAAGCAUAAUGCUAACAUAACUAGAUAUGGCUACAGGAGAGGGUUGUCUGAGUCAGAGAUAGACUUUUUAAGACAGAAUAAGAGCCUGCAAGCUACUUUACUUGAAUCAAAAAACACUCCUGAGAUUUCUCUUGCUAUAGAAAAGAUUCAGAGACCUCUAUAUGAAAAGCACCCGAUGGCUAAAUUUGCAUGGACAACAACUGAAGAAACUGAUACGGUUGAGUGGUCCAAUAGAUGCUCAGAAGCUUUAGAUAGUAUUGAAAACUUUUAUAAAGGAAAGGAUACAGAUAAUAUUAUUCAGAGCAAAGUUUUGCAGGUGUUAAAUGGGAAAAAUGGAGAUGUAAAGCUUGCUUUGCGGAAGGAGCUUAAAUCUUGGGAUCUCAGCGGCCUUCAUACUGAAUGUCUAACAGAUACAUGGAUAGGAAAAUACAGGUGGGCAUUUAUUGAUCUUAGUGCUGGCCCCUUUACUUGGGGUCCUGCUGUUGGAGGACAAGGUGUUCGCACGGAGGAAACUUUGCCAAAUGUAAAAAAAACCAUUGGCGCAGUUGCAGAGAUUUUAGAAGUGGAAGCUGAAGAAAACCUGCAAGAUGCAAUUCAGGAAAAGUUUGCUGUUUUUGGGGAUAAAGAACAUGAGGCUAUUGAUAUCCUUCUGGCAGAAAUUGAUAUCUAUGAGCUUUUUUCGUUUAAACAUUGCAAAGGAAGGAGAAUUAAGCUUGCUCUUUGUGAAGAACUUGAUGAGAGAAUGCAAGAAGUGAAGAAUGAGCUUCAGUCUAUGGAAGGUGAUGAAUACGAUGAAAAUCACAAGAGAAAGGCAUUGGAUGCUUUGAGGCGAAUGGAGAGCUGGAAUCUAUUCAGUGAUACCUCUGUGGAGUUUGAAAGUUAUACAGUUGCUCGUGAUACCUUUCUGUCACACUUAGGUUCUACCUUAUGGGGUUCUAUGAGACACAUUAUAGCCCCUUCCGUGGCUGAUGGACGAUUCCAUUUUUAUGAGCAAAUAUCGUAUCAGUUAUUUUUCGUCACUCAGGAGAAAGUCAGACAUGUUAAGCAUUUGCCUGUGGAUCUAAAGGCUCUAAUGGAGGGGCUGUCGUCUUUGUUGCUACCUUCUCAAAAAGUAAUGUUCAGUCAGCACAUGUUGCCGCUUUCAGAUGAUCCUGCUCUGGCUAUGGCUUUCUCUGUGGCUCGCCGGGCUGCUACUGUGCCAAUGUUAUUUGUCAAUGGAACCUAUCGAAAAAUUGUCUCCAACUAUCUCGAUUCCUCCAUUCUUCAACAUCAAUUGCAGAGGAUCAAUGAUCAUAAUUCCCUAAAAGGAAUGCAUGCUAAUAGCAGGUUGACAUUGGAGGUUCCCGUUUUCUGGUUCAUCCAGAGCGACCCAUUGCUAGUUGACAAAUAUUAUCAGGCAAAAGCACUUUCUGAUAUGAUCAUUGUUGUUCAGUCAGAAACGUCUUCUUGGGAUAGUCAUUUGCAGUGCAAUGGGAAUUCAAUACUCUGGGAUUUAAGGAGGCCCAUAAAAGCUGCAAUUGCUGCUUCAUCUGAACAUCUAGCUGGUUUGCUUCCUCUUCAUCUUGGCUAUAGUCAUGCUCAUGAAACUGCUACUGAGGAGUGGAUGUGGUCAGUGGGCUGCAAUCCUCUAUCAAUCACCUCUCAGGGAUGGAGGAUCUCUCAAUUUCACUCAGAUACCAUCGCUCGGAGCUACAUAAUCACAAGUCUUGAAGAAUCUAUCCAGCUUGUGAACGCGGCUAUUCACCGUCUGGUCAUGGAGCCCACAACUCAAAAUUCAUUCAAGCUUUUUCAGUUCCAGGAGCGUGAACUAGUGAACAAGUAUAAUUUUGUUGUUGGCCUGUGGAGAAGAAUUGCUACUGUUACUGGAGAGUUGCGUUACAUCGAUGCUUUAAAGCUUCUGUACACCCUGGAUGAUGCAUCAAGAGGUUUUUCGGCGAGAGUGAAUUCAACUAUAGCACUCCUUCAUCCACUCCACUGCACAAGAGACAGGAAGGUGGAAGUGGAGUUUGAUAUGACAACUAUUCCAGCUUUCUUGGUUGUCUUCCUUAUUCUUUGGCUGGUUCUAAAACCAAAGCGAGCAAAGCCCAAGAUUAACUGAUGUAGCAUAAAGAAUGUAUCUGUGGCAGUUUUAGAGACUGAAUUUUGUAAAGCGGCGAAUGCAAUGAUGAAUUGUUUAUAAAGAAUGUUUCUAGAGCCAUUUCUCUCUGAAUUAGCAUAUAUAGGCUAUAGCAGCUCCGUUGCGAUUUUUUGUCUA